GCCCACCGGGGUUUUAUAUUGCAGUCAUCCGAUUCCAGACUCAAAACUCAAAUCCUGAUCGGCCACGCUGCUGACUCACUUCUUCGUCAUCUUCGCCUGUCUUCUCCGCCGCUCUUCUCCGCUUUCCGCCCCCACCUCCGCCUCGGAUCAGAGUGGAUUGGACAACAAAAAUUGGAGCAUGGAGGAGCAAACUCUUUUUGACUGAUUCAUAUCACACUGGUCCAUUUGUAAUUUUGUUGGCUUCAGCAUUGACAAUAUUGUGAAGAGGAGAUGAGAAGGCGAACCAUCUAUGUCUGGGGCUUGGCGAUCUUGUGCUUUGUUGUUCUUAUGAUUGUCACUCCAGCCAUUCCUCAGUCUGAAGCCUAUCAUGAUUUCGCUGACCAACGUGAAUUUUUCGGCAUACCAAAUACACUAAAUGUGAUUUCAAAUUUUCCAUUUCUUAUUGUUGGUCUCAUCGGGCUUGUACUUUGCUAUCAUGGGAACUAUUUUAAGUUAAGCUUGCAAGGUGAGCUUUGGGGCUGGACAUUUUUUUUCAUUGGUGUGGCUGCUGUUGGAAUUGGAUCUUCUUACUAUCAUCUCAAACCAAAUGAUGCACGUCUUGUGUGGGAUCGCUUGCCGAUGACCAUCGCAUUCACAUCAAUUAUUGCAAUCUUUAUCAUUGAAAGAAUUGAUGAGAGAAAGGGAACAUUGUCCAUUGUACCCCUACUUUUGGUGGGUGUAAUUAGCAUUUUGUAUUGGAGGUUUUUUGAUGACCUUCGCCCAUAUGCACUGGUCCAGUUUCUUCCUUGCAUUGCCAUUCCGUUAAUGGCAAUAUUGCUGCCUCCAAUGUACACGCAUUCCACAUUUUGGCUUUGGGCUGCAGGAUUUUACCUUUUGGCCAAGGUGGAAGAAGCAGAGGAUAAACCAAUUUACAAAUGGACUCAUCAUAUUGUUAGUGGGCACACACUUAAGCACUUGUGUGCUGCAAUGGUUCCUGUUUUCUUGACGCUCAUGUUGGCAAAGAGGAGUAUUGAGACUGAGAGGCAAAGUUUGCUGAAGACAUGGAAGAUUUCCUGGACCAAGGUCAAAGAAGACGAAGUAAGGGUAGAGACUUGUACAUACUCAACUGUUCCAAUCGAGGAAUCACCAUAAUGUUCAAAGCUCUGUAUACUUUUGUGCUUGGACCUUGAUACAACAAACCCUACUAACCAAUAUUCUGAAAAACAUUGUGUCAAUGUCAACAUAGAUAAAAUCUCUACAUCUGCUGAGGCAAUGUGUACAAACUGGGUCACUUUCAGUUAUACAUGUAUAUAGUAACUUUCCAUAUGGAAGCUUGCUUGG